AUGGUUGCAACAGAGAAUCCACGAAAAAGAAAGGGCACUGGAUUGUCAAAUUAUAAAGAUACACAACAAAAUGCACAUGGUACACAAUCAGAAACGACUAGAAGCUUAGUGUGGGGAGAAAUAUUGUCGCAAAGCGAAAGUCAGAAUACCAGAUUUUUGACAGAGGCAGGUCAGGGCACACAAUCGAAUAUGAACAGGAUGGUGAUCAACAAGAAUGACAGCAUUAAGAAGAGAUUGUCCAAGAUACUGAAACUUCUACAGGAGAGAAUGAAAGAACCAGAGAUUGAAAUUCUAUUAAUUGCAAGUGGCCAAUCAAUACAGAAGCUAGUGACGAUAGUUGAAAUUGUGAAGCAAAAGAUAGGAGUGCAGGUCUCUGAGAAGAGUAAGAUGGAUAAGGUUGAGCGGAAUCGAAGAAAUGCUAAAAUCGAUGGAAUGGAAAAAGUUGUCGUUGGAGAUAAGGAAGUGCAGAAUCUUCGGUUUAGGUUUGAUCAGUUCAACUACUUGGAUUAUAGCUUGAUGAGCGAAUCGGAGUUUCGGCAGCAGCGAAGAAAGAGGGCCAAAGGCAAAACAGAGAUUACUGGAAGUAAAACUGGGCGAAAUCAAACGGUAACAGAAAACGGUGGGUACACUAGAAGAGAACUUGAUGCUUUGAAGAUACAAGAAGAUGUAAAAAUUCCAGUUUUCUACUCUUACCUGAAUCUCAGGCCCGAAAACCAGGAUGCCGAGAUUUCAAGCGAAUUAAAGGACAAAUUUACAGGCUUGGUUGAAGAAGGGUGGAGCCGGCAGAGAGAAUAG